CUAGUUAAUCAAUUCUAUUCUAUUAUUUCCAAUCUCCAAUAAAAAUACUCCGCACACCACUUCUUGCUCCUCUUCCGCUCGCCAGCGACACAGCGUCGUCUUUUCUCCAACCAUCUUUUUCUGCGAUUUCCGCCAUUGAAGAUCUUGCUAUUGCUUAAGGGAGGUUGUACCAGUCUGCUCAGUAUGAACCUGCAGCAAGCUGUACAGCCCAGGUCUUCUGCCAAUGGUUUCAAUCGCCGUAGAGCUGAAAAAGAGAAUAGUAACAGGAUGGAGAUAAAACUACAAUCUGGAAAAAACUCUGAUAAAGUGAUGAUUGCUGGUAUAUCUAGUAGCAACAGAACCGGAGGGUCUGAAACUCCUUCACAAGAUCGACUUGUGUAUUUGACAACCUCUCUUAUUGGACAUCAAGUAGAAGUCCAGGUUAAAAAUGGGUCUGUAUAUUCAGGAAUUUUUCAUGCGUCAAAUGCUGAUAGAGAUUUUGGUGUUGUCUUGAAAAUGGCUCGAUUGAUGAAAGAUGCAUCUUCUAAGCCACCAAAGGCUGCUUCUGAUUUAGUUAUUAAGGGUCCAUCAAAAACUCUUAUAAUUCCGAAUCAUGAACUUGUACAAGUCUUAGCUAAGGAUGUGCCGGUUACAAUGGAUGGAUCAUCAAGUGAGCUUCGAGGUGAAAGUAAGCAGGAUAUAAUGUUGGACUCUAACAUCUCACAUUCUCGUCAUGUUGAGGUGGGAAGAGAGCUUGAACCUUGGAGGCCUGAUAAAGACGAUCCUUUGUGCCCGGAGCUGGAAAAUGUUUUUGAUUCGCCUUGGUCUGGGAGCUGGGACCAGUUCAAAGUCAACGAGGCACUGUUUGGUGUAAAAAGCACAUUUAAUGAGGAACUUUAUACAACAAAACUCGAGAGGGGCCCUCGAAUGAGGGAAUUAGAGGAGGAAGCCUUGAGAAUAGCUAGGGAAAUUGAGGGUGAGGAAACACAAGAUCUUCAUUUAGCGGAGGAACGUGGCGCAAGUUCAUAUGGCAACUUUGAUAUUGAUGAAGAAACCAAGUAUUCCUCAGUUUAUAGGGGUCCCGAUGACAGUGGGUAUGCAGAUGAGGAUGUAUUAGGUUCACUUGAUGCGGAAACCUUUGGGGAUUCCAGUGGACCUGCUUUUGGCAGAUCCUUUGCUGAUGUCACUAGUGGGAAAAGUGGUAAAGGUUUUGAAGAAAGGAGAAUGUUUUCUCAAUCAUCAAAGAAGGACGAAACUCACUCAACUCAGAUUAGUGUCAGCCAGGAUCUCUAUUGCUCUGCUUCUUUGGCUUCUGAUCAUAGUGCAAAUGUUGCUGACAGGCUGCAAGAAAACCAUGAUGAUGAUAAAGGAAAAAGCACAUCUAUUGAGGAGACUUUAAGUGAGGAUGUUGAAGCAGCCAAUGCUGAUGGUGAAUCAGAAUCAUCAAGGGAUGCUAAAAGAAGUGGCUCUGGAAAGGCUGAUUUAUCAUUGGCGAUGACAACAGCUUCAGAGGUGAACACAAAAGUUGAAAUGAAAACCAGUUUUGGUAACCUUUCAGAAGAUAGACCUGGCAAAGUACACAUGGUUACAGAACCCUUAAAUUCUCGUGGGAGACCAGGUAGUUCUGCAUCGUCUGCUUCAGAGUCUGGAGCUGCUACCACAGCCCCAAGUGGUCCUGCACUAUCGCCCAGUUCAUCUAUGGGUUCAUUAUCUUCUGAAAAGUCCACGUUGAAUCCCAACGCAAAGGAAUUUAGGCUUAAUCCAAAUGCAAAAAGUUUUGUUCCAUCACAAAGUCCUUUAAGGCCACCGUCUCCUGCUAAUGACUCUUCUUUCUAUUUUCCGCCUUCAAUGCCUACUGUGCCUCAUCAUAUGCAUGGCAUGCCGGUUAAUAUUGGGGUUGGACCGCCUUUUGUUGGUCAUCAGCCUAUGCUUUUUAAUCCACAGGCACCCCAAAUGCAAUCUCCUCAUGGAUAUUUUCCUGCCAAUAGCCCACAGUAUGGACAACAGAUGAUUCUUGGUCAUCCGAGACAAGUCAUGUACAUGCCAGGCUUCCCUGCAGAAAUGCAAUACAAGGGCCGAGAUUUUUGAAAGAUAACUUGCUGACAGGAUCUUCAGUCGCUAUUGCAAUUUACAGAAAAUAACAACGUAUGAUCCAUGGAGGAUUUUUCCGUAGAUUCUUAUCAUUUACCAGCUCUCCAGUGGAUGUAAGGUUGUUAGCAGAACAGACGCACUGUCUGGUAGUCUUACUGAUCAAGCCUUGUAUUCUAUGUUCAUUAAACGUAUCCCCAUCCCCUUAGACCCUUUGUUCUCAGAUCCCCUUACAGAUUUUUUUAGGACGCAUUCAGUAUAACCAAAGUGGUAAUGUCAUCGUAUUGUUCAUCGUUAACUUCAUUUAAUGCUAAUUUAGAAACAGUUAGGUACUU